UUCCUGCUGGCUGUCUGCUCAGUGCUUUUGCAGUGGACAGGCUCUGCAGCCAGCAGGUGACAUUAACGUCUCAAGAUCCACCCCUCCCCAUUCAGACUACACGGAAGUCGCCAAUCAAAAUGUCCAAGCCGCUGACAGACCAGGAGAAAAGGAAACAGAUCUCAGUUCGGGGUUUGGCCGGCGUGGAAAAUGUCGCGGACCUCAAAGUGAAUUUCAACCGACAUCUCCACUUCACUCUGGUCAAAGACAGAAAUGUGGCCACUAAACGGGACUACUACUUCGCGCUGGCUAACACUGUCCGGGACCACCUGGUGGGCCGCUGGAUCCGCACCCAGCAGCACUACUAUGAGACGGACCCUAAAAGAGUCUACUACCUCUCUUUGGAGUUCUACAUGGGGCGCACUCUGCAGAACACCAUGGUCAAUUUAGCCUUGGAGAACGCCUGCGACGAAGCCACUUAUCAGCUGGGUCUGGACAUGGAGGAGCUGCAGGACAUUGAGGAAGAUGCGGGUCUAGGGAACGGAGGACUGGGUCGUCUGGCUGCUUGCUUCCUGGACUCCAUGGCUUCUCUGGGUCUGGCUGCAUACGGAUACGGUAUCCGCUACGAGUUUGGUAUCUUUAAUCAGAAGAUUGUGGAUGGGCGACAGGUGGAGGAGGCCGAUGACUGGCUGCGUUAUGGCAAUCCGUGGGAGAAGGCUCGCCCUGAAUACAUGCGCCCUGUCCACUUCUAUGGACGAGUGGAGCACACAGCGGAGGGUGUCAAAUGGGUGGACAUGCAGGUGGUCCUGGCCCUCCCCUAUGACACCCCUGUUCCAGGCUACAGGAACAACAUCGUCAACACCAUGAGACUGUGGUCUGCUAAGGCUCCGUGUGACUUCAACCUCCAAGACUUUAACGUUGGUGGCUACAUUCAAGCGGUGCUCGACAGAAACCUGGCUGAGAACAUCUCGAGGGUUCUCUACCCUAACGAUAAUUUCUUUGAGGGCAAGGAGCUUCGCCUGAAACAGGAGUACUUUGUGGUGGCCGCCACGCUUCAAGACAUAAUCCGACGAUUCAAAGCUUCCAAGUUUGGCUCCACCGAGUUUGUGCGCUUGGAUCUGUCGGCACUACCUGAUAAGGUGGCCAUCCAGCUUAAUGAUACACAUCCUGCUUUAGCCAUCCCGGAGCUGAUGAGGAUCCUCGUGGAUAUUGAGAAACUCUCCUGGGAGAAGGCGUGGGACAUCGUGGUGCGUACAUGUGCCUACACCAACCACACCGUGCUGCCUGAGGCCCUAGAACGCUGGCCCGUAGAUCUCUUCCAUAACCUGCUACCUCGUCACCUGGAGAUCAUCUACGAGAUCAACAGGAGGCACCUGGAGCGCAUCGCUAAGCUCUAUCCCAACGACGUUGACCGCAUACGCCGCAUGUCCCUCAUCGAGGAGGGUGAUGUCAAGAAGAUCAACAUGGCUCACUUGUGCAUCGUGGGGUCGCACGCCGUCAAUGGAGUGGCGCGGAUCCACUCUGAAAUCAUCAAAAACACAGUCUUCAAGGACUUCUACGACAUGGAUCCUCACAAGUUUCAGAAUAAGACAAAUGGCAUCACACCGAGGCGCUGGCUUCUCAUGUGCAACCCUGGACUGGCGGAUGUCAUCGCUGAGAGAAUUGGUGAGGACUACAUUCGGGACCUGGACCAGCUGAAGAAACUCCUGGAUUUUGUGGACAAUGAUACUUUCAUCCGUGACGUUGCCAAAGUCAAACAAGAGAACAAAAUGAAAUUUGCCGCCCACCUUGAGGAGCACUACCACGUGAAGAUCAACGCCAGCUCCAUGUUCGACGUGCAGGUGAAGAGGAUCCACGAGUACAAGAGGCAGCUGCUCAACUGCCUGCACAUCAUCACGCUCUACAACCGCAUCAGGAAGGAGCCCAACAAGUCUUGGACUCCGAGGACCAUCAUGAUUGGAGGAAAGGCGGCUCCAGGUUACCACAUGGCUAAGCUGAUCAUCAAGUUGAUCACGUCCAUCGGUGACGUGGUCAACAACGACCCAGUGGUGGGAGAUCGUCUCAAAGUCAUCUUCCUGGAGAACUACAGAGUGACUCUGGCUGAGAAAGUUAUCCCGGCGGCCGAUCUGUCGGAGCAGAUCUCCACGGCAGGCACCGAGGCAUCGGGUACGGGUAAUAUGAAGUUCAUGCUGAACGGCGCUCUCACCAUUGGCACCAUGGACGGCGCCAACGUGGAGAUGGCGGAGGAGGCCGGCGAGGAGAACCUCUUCAUCUUUGGCAUGAGAGUGGACGAUGUGGAGGCUCUGGACAAAAAGGGCUAUGAUGCUAUGGCGUACUACAACCGCAUCCCUGAGCUGAAGCAGGCCGUGUCUCAGAUAGCAGGAGGCUUGUUCAGCCCUCAUCAUGUGGACCUCUUCAAAGAUCUCGUCAAUAUGCUGAUGCACCACGACAGGUUCAAGGUGUUUGCCGACUACGAGGCUUAUAUGGAAUGCCAGGAGAGAGUGAGCGCCCUCUACAAGAACCCUAAAGAGUGGACCAAGAUGGUGAUCCGGAACAUCGCAGCCUCGGGUAAAUUCUCCAGUGACCGCACCAUUUCCCAAUACGCCAGGGAGAUCUGGAACAUCGAGCCCAGUUUGGAGAAGAUUGGCGCCCCAGAUGAUCCUCGCUAAAAGUGCGCGUAGUGCCCCGCCAACCCUCCCGCUGUUCAAUCCCUAGCUCAGCUGUUUUAAAAAGCUUGUUAGGAUCCACUGUGUUGAACUAAUCCAUGUAUUCAAACAUGAGUCGUCAUAGCGAUUGGACCACACUGCCUUUCUCCGCCCACCCGAGCCUGAAAGCCUUUAAAAACACUCCAGAAUGCCGGCAUCUUCUCCACUGUGACGUGUGAAAAGUCUACUGUAGGUCUUCCAUGGAGGACGAUGUGAUUACUGCUGUCCUCCAUUUAAUGCAUGUUGCUGUCUGUCCUUAUCUCUACUGCCUCACACCUAAGUGACUCUGUUAGACGUGUGUGUUCUUUAUGUGUUUGUGUAUUUGAUCCCAGUACUGUACAUGGAAGCUGUCUCUUGGGUCAAUAAAUAGCAAAUGUAGCCCACAA